CAAACUCAUAAAAACAACAAGUAAUAGUUCUUAUUGCAUACUUUCAUCGUCGAAAGGAUAUUUAUCAAAAAAAUGAAGAUAGCAAUCGCGUCAAUCCUAAGCCAGCUUGUGCUCUUUGCAGCUGGCCGCAUGGACAGCCUUUCUACUCCAUUGUCAUUACCAGCUAUUACCUACAACGUCAUCUCUCUCGUACCACAGAAUCAAAGUAUGGGUGUAAUUGUGGAUGGUCAGUUUUAUCCUUUAGAUACGGUUAAUGAGGCCUCCUUUUUAUUGCAUUCCGGUCAAGCACCCAGGGCUGAGAAAGGCUAUAGUUAUGCCAUUGUUGAAAAGGAAAGUCCCAGCAAUAUUGUCGAUCAAGAGUCGUUUUUGCGUGAUCCAAUGACUAUUGGGGAUGCAACUUUGAACGAAUACUAUAAUCGAUCCUGGAAUUCAAUGAAACUUGCUCAAAUACCUCAGAUUAUGGAGCCUUUGCCGAUAAUACACCGACUGAACAACAACUUGCAUAUUGAUGGUGAAAUUCCUACUAUUCACAUUGUUGGUAACCAAUCUGCCAUUGACUACCUCCAUCAAAAUUCAGUUGAAGACAUCAAUAUUAAUGGCAUAAAUGUUACAUACAUCAGUCCAAAUGACAUAAAGACAUUUUAUAAUGUCUCUUUUGCCAUUGCUGGUCAUAGUACUCGCAGUAGGCCUAAAUUAUCUUACAAAAUUGAGAUCGGUAAAGAGAAUACCAAUCAAGACAAAGAUCUAUACGGUCAUCGACAGUUCAAACUUAGAGCCAUGUAUGCAGAUGCAUCCUACAUGCGUGACGAGCUAGCUUAUAAAAUUACAGAAUCAAUCGGUCUUCCUUCAUCUCAGCACUCUUACGCCCGGGUUUAUAUCAACGGCCAAGCCGUAGGUUUAUUUGGUGUAGCAGAAAUAUUCAAAACACAAUGGAUUAAAAAUGUGUUCAAUAACGGAGAAGAGUUUGAGAAUGGCGCACUGUACGAAGCAACUCUAGGCGCCUUUAGGAGAGAACGUCGUCCUGGAGAACCACCUCGUAAGCGUCCUGGAGGCCGUGAACCAAGAGAGGCUCCUUCAGACCUGUCUUACCUGGGUCCUAACUUAACAGUCUACAAGGGCUACUAUCCUGAUAAAGGCCAUGCUUCGAAGGUGGUCGGCGCCAACUAUACUAAAAUCAUGGAAUUCACGAAAUUUAUUUCUGAGCAACCCAACAUGACAGCAACUGUCGAUGACUCAUUUGCUCCUCUUUGGGAAGAAAAAAUCGAUGUUACGAGUUUCUUACGUGCUCUAGCACUUGAAAUUGUUAUCUCAAACUGUGAUGCUUAUUUGACGAUGGCGACCAAUUAUGUCUUAUACGACGAUAGGACCACCGGACGUUUAGUGAUGACGGAACAAGAUUUCGAUUUAACUAUGGGAAAUACUUUUUAUGAACCUGAACUCAUGUACAAUGGAAACUACUCUUUGUUUCCUGGAAUGGUUCAGCGACCUUUGUCUUCACGGCUAUUAAAGGUGCCAAAAUUUCGGCAAGAAUUCGAAAGACUGAUACUGAAUAUGACGGAAUUUUUGGUGAACCCCACCGUUUUGGGGCCACGUAUUAAUGAUCUCUACAAUUUUUUGAAAGAGGAUGUUGCUUGGGAUAAAUCUUUACCUCGCUUGGGCCCCAAAAAGCCAAGUAGUGGUCCUAGACUUAGACCUGACAUUCCAUUUGACACGGCUGUUAAUGGAAACACUGGCGACAUGAGGCAUCUCGCUUUAAAGGAAUGGGUCGAACUACGAAGCAAAAAUACGUUGGAUUUUUUUAAACAAUCAGCUACUUGAUUUGACUUAACAUUCGGUG